UGUCUGGCUGAGGAAUAAAGCCACAGGCAUCUGGCAACAUCCAAGAAUCGAGGAUACAUGUUUGACAUGAGCAACAAAUCUAGAAAUUAGCUUCUUUUAUUUCAUUUAUAGGUGCCGUAUGGCGAUGCCUGUGUCUUAUUAGUCUAUUUUCGUGCGAGGUGUCUGGACGAGAGUCUUCAGGGAAAUAAUAAUAUUCUCAAGACUGUAAACCGACUUUAAUUUCCUUUUUUUUCAUUUCUUUUCAAACAAUCUAUGGAUAACAUUAACAUAUGUGUGUUUAAUUAACAUGUACCGCACAAUCCGUGGCCUAGGUACGUGUGAAAUCAUAUCCAGAUGAUGAAAACAGGGAGCAGCUAUUAUCAUCAUGUGCCGGAGAUGGAUUUAAAAACAGCCACAUCAGCGAUGGAUGCUCUGGUUCGUGUCAGCUCUAACAUGAAGAGCCUGGAGCACGAGCUGCAUUGCCCUGUGUGUAAGGAAAUAGUCAAACAGCCUGUGGUCCUGCCGUGCCAGCACAGCGUCUGUCUCAUGUGUGCCUCCGAGGUCUUAGUUGCAAAUGGCUACCCGCUUCCAGAGCUCCCCCCAGAACCCAACUCCCCGGCCUCCACACCCAACAUGCGCUCACCUCGUCAAGUGCGCCGGCCCACUCCCAAAGCUGAGCAGCGGCCCAUUGACCGUCUGCUGAGGUCAGGUCCCCACCCGCCUUCACCGUCCAUGCCUCGCUCUCCCGGAUACGGGACGUACCCGGGGCGGCGCCGUAAGGAGGCUCCACCCCUGGUGAUGAUGUUCCCCUGUGUCCCGUGUGGACGGGAUGUUGAACUGGGAGAGAAGGGCCUUUCUGACUGUCUCCGCAACCUUACUUUGGAGCGCAUCGUGGAGAGGUACAGACACACGGUGAGCCUCGGCAGCGUCGCCGUCAUGUGCCAGUUCUGCAAGCCUCCUCAAGCGCUGGAAGCCACCAAGGGCUGUGCCGACUGCAGGUCCAAUUUCUGCAACGAGUGUUUCAAGCUCUAUCAUCCCUGGGGAACCCCGAGGGCCCAACAUGAACACAUCCAGCCCACACUCAAUUUUAGACCCAAGGUCCUGACGUGCCCGGAGCACGACCAGGAGAAGCUGCAGUUCUACUGCAGGUCCUGCCAGCGCCUGCUCUGCCCUCUCUGCAAACUGCGUCGGAUUCACACUGGACACAAAAUCCUCCCGGUGGCGCAGGCGUACCAAGCUCUGAAGGAUAAAAUUAGUAAGGAGAUGAACUAUAUUCUGUCCAACCAGGACACAGUUCUGGCUCAGAUUACCCAGCUGGAGACGUCAAUCACUCAGACGGAGGUGAUUAAAUCUUACCAUAACAUGUGGCUGUGAGACGCUAAAUCCCAUAAAGCUGUUUAAGCAACUUGUGUCUUUAUGUGACCUGGUGUUUACUGGGGAAGGGAAGAAAAACAUAUAUUAUUUAUUUCAUUUUAGUUGUUACAAUAUCAGUUUUGCAUUUGAAGGAAUAUUUGGCUACUUUUAUCUUUUAUUUUGAGCUAUACUGUACAAAAUGAAAGCAAAUUUGGACCAGA